AUGGAUACAAAUGUACCGGAGUCUCAAGAUGCAACUCUGGCUGAGGUGUUGGAAAAUGGCAUGGACUUGAAUAGUGUGUCACUACUCCCAAUCUCAUCUUCCCCUUCCCCACUUCCAUCACCCCAUACUACCCUACUCGACGAGCAGCUGCAGAGUGUUGACACCAAACCUAAGGUUGACCCAAGGUUUGCACCCCAGCACUUGCAGCUCCCCACUCCUAUUACACCAACCUCAAGAUCUAUGACACCGGGCACAUCUUCAGCCCAUACCAUGGCACAGGGUAUCAAGGUAAAGCGAGACUCACUUGCUGAUUUCCAUGAAGCAAGCAAAUUUGAGUCUGAACUCGCGGAGCAAGAGUCAAACCAGCGGCAUGCAGAAUACAUGGCACACAUUGCUACACAUAGACAGUGUGAGGCAAAUAAGCAUGAAUGCAGAAUGCUCAAGUUACAAAUCCACCAACUAGAGCUGCAGCAACAGCAGCAAUUGGAUGUGCACCAGGGACAGCAGCAGUUGGAGUUGCAAGAGGCACAGCAGAACCCUUUCAUGCCAACUGGAUUUCCACUCACACCCCCAACAUUACUUGCCACACCACAAAUAGACCUUGGCAAAAACUUGACUCGGCACCUAAUCAAUUCUUUGCACACUCCAUUUUUUCUAUUCAGUACUAUGGCUUUCAGUGUUGUCCAUACACCUGAUAAAAUAAAGCCUCUUGAACAUGUCGGUGCUUCUGCUGACCUUCUGUUUCUCCUGCUAUCUGCAGUUCUGUUGGCACCCAAAUAA